GUCCGAUCCUUCUGUUGGUUGCACUGAGCUUUAGCCGCCAUGACUGCGGCCGUGGCUGAGGCGGACCCGCUUGGGCCCCGGGAGCGCACGCCGGUCACUAUGGCCGUGAGGAAGAGCCUGAAGAGGACGCACGACCUCUUUGUGGGUAACGAAGAGCUCAAGCGGGUGGAGGAUCCAAGAGGAACAGAGAUGAUGGUACGCAUGAAGCUCCAUGACGAGUACGAGCACGUGCGGGACGUGCCGGAGCAGGUGAAUGAUGAGAACGCGGCGGUGCCCUUCUUGCGGGCAGCCAUCAGCGACGACGCCACCAAAGAGGCCUUGCCAUCAGCGAUCACGCAGAUGUUGACGGACGGCGAGCACGGGCAGAAGCCCGGCCCGGCGGUUGGGCCAGUGGUGCCGCUGGCGGCGCCCAAGGCGCCGGCGGACCCCUCCACGCAGAUCCAGGUGCGGCCGCUCCGGGAGCGCCCGGACGUGCCGAAGCCGAUUUGGCACCCCCCCUGGAAGCUGAUGCGGGUCACGUCUGGUCACGAGGGCUGGGUGCGGACAGUAGCCUGUGACCCCACGAACGAGUGGUUUGCCUCCUCCGGCAACGACCGCCUGAUCAAGAUUUGGGACCUGGCCAGCGGUACGCUGAAGCUGUCGCUGACCGGCCACGUCAGCACGGUGCGCGCGGUGGCGAUCUCCGAUAGGCACCCGUACCUCUUCAGCGCCAGCGAGGACUGCGAGGUGAAGUGCUGGGACCUGGAGCAGAACAUGGUCAUUCGCAACUACCACGGGCAUCUCAGCGGCGUGUACACCCUGGUUUUGCACCCCACGCUGAACAUCCUGGCCACAGGCGGCCGGGACGGCUCGGUGCGCAUCUGGGACAUGCGGACCAAGACGGGGAUCUUCGUCUUCACCGGGCACACCAACGCCAUUUGCUCCUUGGCCUCCCAGGCCUCCGAGCCCCAGUUCAUCAGCGGCUCCAUGGACCGAAUGGUGCGCCUCUGGGACUUGGCGGCGGGAAAGUGCUCCGUGACCCUCACGAAUCACAAGAAGAGCAUUCGUGCAUUGGCCACGCAUCCUAUGGAGUAUACGUUCGUGUCGUGCUCUUCCGACAACAACAAGGUCUGGAAGUGCCCCAAGGGCGCCUUCGAACGUAACAUCCAGGGCCACAACGCCAUCGUGAACUGCUGCACCAUCCGAGAGGGGCAGCAGGGUUCGUCCCAGCUGAUCGCGGGCACAGACAACGGGUACCUGCACUUCUGGGACUGGAAGAGCGGCCACAAGUUUCAGAGCUUGGAGGCCAUCCCGCAGCCCGGCAGUAUGAGUGCGGAAAACGCCAUCUUUGAUAUGACGCUCGACCAAAGUGGGAGCCGCCUGAUCACGGCAGAGUGCGACAAGACGGUGAAGAUCUACAGAGAGGAUCCGAACGCCACCCCGGAGACGCAUCCUCUGAAUUGGAAGGCGCCGAAGCUGAACACCGACCACCGGUACUGAGUCCAUUUUGCUUUCUGCCUUCAUGGGACUUGCAAAGGCAAAGGACGAAGCCGGAGAA